AGUACUGUAUGGACAAAUGAGACAGUGCGAGGCAAACUGUUAGUCUCUGAUUUCUCCCUUUCUCAGAUUCAUUUCAGGCUGAAGAGCUGGAGAGCUGGGAGAAGACCGAGAAUGCCAUAGCCUGACUGGUUCAAUCAUUGCUGAACUCCCCUUCGCUAUGGAGAGUGAACUGUGGCCUGGGAUCUGGCCCUUCUCCUGGACCAGGAGACCCAGCGGCACUAUGAUAGUUAUAUUUUUCGGUGAGAGAGGCUCGGGGGAGUGUGGCAUGGAGGACAAUGUGACACAGAUCUCUCGUGAGGACCUAGAGGACCUAAGAGAGGCCUUCAACAAAAUUGACAUUGAUAACAGCGGUUACGUCAGCGACUUUGAGCUGCAGGAGCUUUUUCGGGAAGCUAGCUUCUCUUUGCCAGGGUACAAGGUGCGAGAGAUAGCGGAGAAGUUCAUCGCCGGGGACACCAACAAAGACGAGAAAAUUAGCUUUGAGGAGUUUGUUGCGAUAUACCAGGAGCUGAGAAGCAAAGAGGUGAGAGAGACCUUCCGCAAGACCAUCUCCAGAAGGGAUGGCAUCCGCUCAUUUGGGGGGACUUCUGGAAUCUCCAGUGAAGGAACCCAGCACUCGUACGCUGACGAAGAGAAAGUGGCCUUUGUGAACUGGAUCAAUAAGGCCUUGGCAAACGACCCUGAUUGCAAACAUCUCAUCCCUAUGGACCCCAGUGAUGACAGCCUGUUCAAAUCGGUCAAGGAUGGAAUACUUCUAUGCAAAAUGAUCAACCUGUCCCAGCCGGACACGAUCGAUGAACGGGUCAUCAGUACAAAGAAACGCACAACAUUCACCAUGACUGAGAACUUGAUUCUGGCCCUCAAUUCAGCCUCAGCCAUUGGUUGUACAGUGGUCAACAUCGAUGCCCAGGACAUGAUUGCUGGAACCCCCCAUUUGGUGCUGGGGCUCCUUUGGCAAAUCAUUAAAAUCGGCCUGUUUGCUGACAUCGAGCUUUCACGCAACGAAGCUCUUAUUGCGCUGCUGGGGGAGUCUGAGGAGUUGGACCACCUUCUCUCCAUGUCCCCUGAGGAGCUGCUGCUGCGCUGGGUGAACUAUCACCUCGAUGCUGCUGGAUGGAAACAAAUCAGAAACUUCAGCGAGGACAUCAAGGACUCCAGGGCCUACUUCCACCUCCUGGAUCAGAUCUCCCCGAAAGGAGACGGAGACGACGAGAUGCGGAUCGUCAUCGAAAUGUCCGGCCUGAACGAGCCUGAUGAUGAGAAGAGGGCGGAGUUAAUGCUGAGACAGGCGGCUCGUCUGGACUGCAGGCAGUUCGUCACGCCUCAGGACGUAGUGGCAGGAAAUCACAAGCUCAACAUGGCCUUUGUGGCCAACCUGUUCAACAUGUUUCCCGCCCUGAGCAGGCCCAGCGACAACGGCAUCGAUCUCGCCAUGCUGGAGGGAGAAUCGCGAGAAGACAGAACCUUCAGGAAUUGGAUGAAUUCACUGGGAGUCAGUCCGUAUGUCAAUCAUCUGUACAGUGAUCUGAUGGACGGUUUGAUCAUUCUUCAGCUGUAUGAGCGGAUCCAGGUGCCUGUAGACUGGAGGAGAGUCAACAGGCCUCCGUAUUCAAUUCUUGGUUCCAACAUGAAAAAACUUGAGAACUGCAAUUAUGCUGUAGAUCUGGGCAAAAAGGAAGCAAAGUUUUCCUUGGUGGGGAUUGGAGGUGAAAAUAUCAAUGAGGGCAGCCCCAUGCACACCCUGGCACUGGUAUGGCAACUAAUGAGAAGGUACACAGUCAAAGUUUUAUCGGACAUCGGCGUUGGAGAAAAAGUUAACGACCAAAUCAUCAUCGACUGGGUGAACAGUACCUUACAGAAAGGACAGAAAGACUCGUUUAUCAACAGCUUUAAGGACAAAUCGAUCAGCACCAGCCUGCCGGUGAUCGAUCUGAUCCAUACCAUCGCGCCCAGUGCCAUCAAGAGCGAGAUGGUGAAGAGGGGAGACAUGAGCGCCGAGGAUAAACUGAACAACGCAAAAUACGCCAUCUCAGUGGCACGUAAAAUCGGAGCCAAAGUGUACGCUCUACCCGACGAUCUCGUGGAGGUCAACCCAAAGAUGGUGAUGACGGUGUUUGCCUGUUUGAUGGGCAGGAGCCUGAACAAAGUGGAGGGCUGAUGUCAGCAUUCCUUCUCCUGUCUAGUCCCUCAGUCUCUUCUACUUUCUGAUCUCUUCCUCUCCUCCAUCUGUUCCCACUGCCCUUGCUUUUGGAAUACCGGUUUCAAGGAAUCCUUCACCCUGAAAUGUUACCAACGAGUAAAACCCACAGGGCGCAAAUUAUCACAAUGUCAUUUAAGCGAUGUUAACUGACCCUCUUCUUCAUUAUUUGCACCAUUAGGAUUCUGGAAGUGAGGUGAUUCCUUUGACCUUCCUGCUUCUCUUUUCCUGUUCACUUACUAUUAUUUUUGUCUCUUUGUAUGAAACGUAUAUGAUGAUUUUGCUGGUAAUGUAAUAUGAAUUCAUGUGUUCAACUUUGUUUCAAUCGUUUGUAAAUGUCUGCCUUCCAAUGACUCAUUAAAACAAGUCUGUCAACAUUAAACAUCACAACUCGGGCAUCUACAAGCUUGUCGCUGCUGUCGGAACCAAAACUCGUAUCUCCACGUUUGUCGAUUUUCAGCUUUUGACAUUAUUUGAAAAUGCAUGUUGGCCUUUAUAUUGUAUGUGAAUUUCAUGAAGGAUGGACCAAAAUAAACAGCCAAAAAUGACUUGGAAAAAAAUCUGGGUCCACUGACUUACAUUGAAAGUAAUGUAUGUUUUUUCCUUCUCCUGUAAAGUUCCCAUUUUGGAAAUACGAGGUUUUGUUCCGACAGCAGCGAUAUGCAAAGAUAUUGAUCGCUCAUUCCUGAAGCAUUCUCCUCAAGGUUGUCCUCAAAGCGGUCUCCUCUUCCGCCUUCGCAAAUGACACUUAGUUGGAAAAUGAUUGUGUGGAACAUCCAGAAACGUUAAACCUAUAAUAAACAGAGUGGCUAAAAGCCACAAUUUCGA